AUGACUCUUCAAAAUACCCAUCGAGCUGCCGUCAGCAAGAGGAUGCUCAGUGACUUCGAGGAAAGCACCCGGGCACGGGCUGCCGCCGCUUCCUCGUGCAGGCGCUGGAAGAAGGAGGAGGAGGAGGAGGAUCGGGAGGGAGGAGCGCACAGGCGGGAGACGAGGCCGCACGCAAUGGCUUCUUGGAAAAAGAAACAACAGAAGGAGGAAUGUGGUCUUAAACUAAUUCAGCCUCUCCUACACCGGCGGGCCUGCCUCCCGCAUCAGCUCUUCCAGCACCUGCCAAAUGGGCAGCAGCAGCAACUUCCAGGGCGGCCUGGGGCUGGGUGGCUAUGGCGGGGCUGGUGGUGUGGGAAGCAUCACCGCCACCCUGGUGAAACCCCUGAACCUGGAGGUGGACCCCAACAUCCAGGCCGUGGGUAUUCGGAUAAGGAGCAGGUCAAGAACCUCAACAACAAGUUCACCUCCUUCAUCAACAAGGUUCAGCUUUUGGAGCAGCAGAAUAAGAUGCUGGAGACCAAGUGGAGCCUCCUGCAGAAGCAGCAGAUGUCCCCCGGUAACGUGGACAGCAUGUUCGAAAGCUACAUCAAUGACCCCUGGCAGCAGCUGGACACACUGGCUCAGGAGAAACUGAAGCUGGAGGCGGAGCUUGGCAACAUGCAGGGGCUGAUGAAAGACUUCAAGAAUAAAUACGAAGAUGAGAUCAACAAGCGUACAGAGACGGAGAAUGAAUUUGUCCUCAUCAAGAAGGAUGUGGACGAAGCUUGCAUGAACAAGAAAGUAAAUGAUGAAAUCAGAGAAGAUCAAGAAAACUCAGGAGAUUAUAGAGAAAUAAGCCAGGAGGAUGUUGAAGAAGUUUGGCGAUAUAUCAUUCUGCUCUACCUGCAGACCAUUUUAUGUGUGCCUUCCCUAGAAGAACUCAUAGAUCCAAACCAAGUAAUUCCUCAAUAUAUAAUGUACAACAUGGCCAACACAAGUAAACGCGGAGUAGUUGUGCUACAGGGCAAAUCAGAUGAUCUUCCUCACUGGGUACCAUCUGCUAUGAAGUGCCUAGCAAAUUGGCCUAGAAGUAAUGAUUUGAGUAAUCCGACUUAUGCUGGGUUUGAGCGUGAUGUAUUCAGAACAAUUGCUGACUAUUUUCUCGGUCUCCCUGAGCCUCUACUUACUUAUGAGUAUUAUGAGCUAUUCGUGAACAUUUUGGGUCUGCUGCAGCCUCAUUUGGAGAGAGUUGCUGUCCGUGCGCUACAGUUGUGUUGUUUGUUACUCCCCCCACCGAACUGUAGGAAGCUUCAACUUUUAAUGCGCAUGAUUUCUCGAAUGAGUGAAAACCCCGAUAUGCCCAGACUUCAUGAUGCGAUGGGUACAAGGGCACUGAUGAUCCACACGUUCUCUCGGUGUGUGCUGUGCUGUGCUGAAGAAGUGGACCUGGAUGAGCUGCUGGCUGCAAGAUUAGUUUCCUUCCUCAUGGAUCAUCAGCAGGAGAUUCUGCAAGUGCCCUCUUACUUGCAGGCUGCUGUGGACAAACAACUCGACAACUUAAAAAAGGGCCAUGUGGAGCAUCCUGGGGAUGCGCUCGCUGCUCCUGUGCCAGCGUUCUCUCACUGUCAGCAGAUCAGUGCGCAGGAGUUUGAUGAACAGAAGUUUUCUACCUCUCACGCCGCCAUUGCAGAACUUCUAGAGAACAUCAUCAAGAACAAGAGCUUACCUCGAAAGGAGAAGAGAAGAAAGCUAAGGCAGUUUCAGAAGGAAUAUCCCUUGAUAUAUCAGAAGAGAUUCCCAACCACAGAGAGUGAAGCAGCA